AUGACGCCAAAGCAUAACAACAUUCUCCACGUUGCGGCUCAAUACCAGCAAGUACAUUUCAUCAAAGAUCUUCUUCAUUGUCCAUCAGGACCACUCCUUCUUUGGCAAGGUAAUUACAAAGGAGACAAUCCCUUGCAUGUUGCUGCUAAAGUGGGAAGCUGCGGAGUGGUUCGAGUCUUUAUUGAUCUGGCGAAAUCAGUGCAUUGGGAUGUUCAAAAUGGACAAGUUGAUUUGUGCAAAGAGCUUAUUCGAAAACCGAAUUCGAAUAAGGAUACUGCUUUGCACUAUGCAGUAAGAGGAGGCCACACUGGGAUGGUGAAGUUGCUGAUUGAAGAAGAUCCUCAAUUGUGUUGGUGGAAAAUCUUGGAGAAGAGACCAGAAGUGAUCAAAGAAGGAGAUGAUUUAGGGUGGACUCCUCUUCAUUAUGUCGCUUGCUUUGGUGAAGUCGAAGUAGUUCGACAACUCUUGCAACAUGAUACUUCUGUGGCAUAUGAUUUAGACAAAGCGGGGGAAUCUGCUCUUCACAUUGCGGCGUUUCAAGGCCACAUCAAUGUUAUUGAAGAGCUUAUUAGAUCUUGUCCUGAUGCUUGUGCCAUAAUAAACACCAAAGGGCAAACGGCUCUUCAUGCAGCUGUUAUGGGUGGACGAGUAAAUGUAGUCAAUUAUGCAGUAACAAACUAUUCAAGUAACAAACCAACGGCCGUAGUGGCUCCGCUGGAUAAGGCCCUACUGAUCCUCAACCCAGAGGUCGGCUACAGAGCUGGAAAAGUUCAUCAUGUGUUGAAAGGAUGUCAUGGAAUCCAGUGUUAUCAAGACUGGGUCAGGGAAUAUGUUAAGAAGAGGUUAGACAAGCAAUUUGUUGAGGGCCAACCAGUUGUCUCGAUAACCAGAGGAAUUAAUACCGGCAACCGAGACAAUGUCGAUUCGUCAAAAAGAAGCAUUAUCGACCUUCAGCUACUUGUGGCAGUGCUCAUAGCCACAGUGACCUUUGCUGCGGCCUUCACGAUGCCUGGGGGUUAUUACGACGAGGGACCCUACCGAGGAAUGCCAAUUCUUGCUGACAGGCCUGCUUUCAAAGCCUUCGUGAUAUUUAACACAACUGCAUUCUGUUUCUCCAUCCUGGCAUUAUUCUUACUAUACGAUCCUUCUUUCUGGGGCGCUCGCCAACAGGUGAGAUACAACACCGCCGCAGGAUGUUACAUUUAUUUUGCGAUAUGCGGGUUGGUGCUGGCCUUUGCUUGGGGUACAUAUGUCGUACUGACCAGAACCAUCGGGCUCGGGAUUGUUCUUUUUGUUGUGUUUGGAUGUCUCCUGACUAUGCACCGCAUCGGUAUUUUCCUUGACCCCGAGGUUGGUUUCUGGUUGCCACGUAGCACUCUCAGGAGAUUCGUCCGAAACAUACUGUUUGAUUAUGGGAUAUUCUAG